AAGAUUCUUGUCAUUGGUGCUGGUGGUUUGGGCUGCGAAAUAUUAAAAAACCUUGCAUUGACGGGAUUCAAGCAACUACAUGUGAUUGACAUGGACACGAUUGACCUCAGUAACCUAAACCGUCAGUUCCUGUUCAGAAAGAAGGAUAUCGGAAAAUCAAAGGCUAAUGUAGCAGCUAGUUUUGUCAUGAGCCGAGUUCCUGGUGUUGAAGUUGUACCAUAUUUUGGAAAGAUUCAAGAUAAGGAUGAAGAUUACUACAAGCAAUUUCAAAUCAUCAUUUGUGGUUUAGAUUCAGUCGAGGCCAGAAGAUGGAUUAACGCUAAAUUAGUCGAGAUGUACGAUGAGGAUGAUAUGGAAACAUGGAAAUUGUUGAUUGAUGGUGGUACGGAAGGAUUCAAAGGACAAGCGCGUGUUAUUAUUCCUACCAUGUCUUCCUGUUAUGAAUGUUCGUUAGAACUAUUCAGUAAACCUACUACAUUUCCCAUCUGUACUAUUGCAAACACACCACGUCUUCCUGAACAUUGUAUCGAAUGGGCUUCAGUGUUAGAAUGGCCUCGUGUAUGGGGUGAUAAAAAAUAUGAUACAGACAACCCAGAUGAUAUUAAUUGGAUGUAUCAGCAAGCUGCUGCGAGAGCUGCGACUUUUAAAAUUACAGGCGUUACUUAUUCAUUAACGCAAGGUGUGGUUAAAAACAUUAUUCCGGCUAUUGCUUCUACCAACGCCGUCAUUGCCGCUUCUUGCUGUAAUGAGGCUUACAAAUUGGCUACCUUUAUUGCCCCUUAUUUAAACAAUUACAUGAUGUACACUGGCAAUUCAGGUAUAUAUACUUAUACCUUUGAGCUCGAAAAGAAACCGGCAUGUCCUGUUUGUGGUGUCGAGUCAACCACUGCUGAAGUCGAUCCAAAUAUGACUGUUGAAGAACUUAUUGAUUGGCUUGCUGAAAAACCUGAUGCUCAAUUAAAGAAACCCAGUUUACGUACUGCCAGUACAUCUAUCUACAUGCAAGCACCCAAGGUAUUAGAAGAAGCUACACGACCCAAUCUCACCAAAAAAAUCAGUGAACUUGUUGACGAUGGAGAAUAUAUCACAGUAACAGAUGCUGCAUUACCCGUCAGUCUCCAACUUCGCAUAAAAUGGAAAGCAUAA